AUUUGGGCCAGGGCGUGUGCGUACCAGGCCCCGCCACGCUGUGCAGAGCGGUCGUGCUUCUCCUGCUCCCUCCUCCUGUUGUUCCUUUUCCCAUGCUUCGUCCGUCGCAGUUUGAGGGUGAUGCACGAGUUGCUCCAGCUUCGAUCGAUCUCGUGGAGGCUCCCUCCGCACUCUGAGCACCAUGCACCGUGGCCUCCGCCCUGCUCCCCUCGACAUGGCCGCGAUCCCUGGGCGGCACCUGUCAACGUCCAGAGGCGCGUGCCCGGCGGCGCUGGACAAGCAGGCCGGGGCGCCAUCGCGGAGCCUGCGCGCCUCGGUGACCAGCGCCCAGACGUCGGCCGACUGCGACAGCCUCGCGUCCCUGGGCGGCACGGCCAAGUCGAGCCCGAGCCCCCCGUGCAGUGAGCCCCGCUCGCCGGCCGACCGGCCGGCCUGCGCGCCUGCAGCCACGGGUGCGGCGCAGCCGGCCGCCGCUGCCCUGGUCAUGCCAGCUCCGCUGCCGGCUUGGCAGUUGGUGGCGCCACAGCAGGGCGUGCAGCCUCGCGGUGCAGGCUGCGAGCCGCCGUUGCCAGGGCGGCGGGCGGCGGUGGCCCGCCAGCCGCAGGAGACGAGCCGCGGGGGGGGCCCGGACCCCGAGGCCCACGAGGCCGCCGCUGCACAUCCGGCUGCCGAGCCUAGCUCGCCGCUCGACGCCAUGCUGCUGAGGGCGAAGCGCUGGCGCGCCCUCACCCGGGGCGCCGGGCACGCGGCCGUGUGAGUCGGAGGAGGAAGAGGUCCAGACGCCCUCGGAAUCGGUCGCGGGGAGUGGGUCGAGACCUCUGGGGGCCGACGUUGCGAAACAGAUCAUGACGUCGAGGGCGCGCGCUCGCUCAGUGAUUACAAGGCACGGCCCUGGCGAUGCGGCCAGAGAGCGGGAGCCACAGCCCGGGAGGAGGCGCACAGCCGAGGCAUCUUCGUCGAGUCGUGCGCUCGACGGAUGGAUCUCUUCGGUGGGGUCGACAGCGUGU